GCGGUGCCAGUGCUCUGGCUCGGCUGGGGCUCCGGGUCCCGCUCCGCUCGGGCCCUGCACCUGUGACUCUCGGCCGCGCUCGCCCUCAGCCCUCCUGGCGCGGCCACCCCAUGGCCCCGUCCCGGCUGCAGCUCGGCCUCCGCGCCGCCUACUCCGGCAUCAGCUCGGUGGCAGGCUUCUCCAUCUUCUUCGUCUGGACGGUGUUCUACCGACAGCCGGGGACUGCAUCUAUGGGGGGUCUGGCAGGUGUGCUGGCGCUGUGGGUCCUGGUGACGCAUGUGAUGUAUAUGCAGGAUUACUGGAGGACCUGGCUCAAGGGGCUGCGUGGCUUCUUCUUCGUGGGUCUCUUCUCAGCCGUCUCCAUUGCUGCCUUCUGCACCUUCCUCGUGUUGGCCAUCACACGGCAUCAGAGCCUCAUGGACCCUACCAGCUACUACCUCUCCUGUGUCUGGAGUUUCAUUUCCUUCAAGUGGGCCUUUCUUCUCAGCCUCUAUGCCCACCGCUACAGGGCUGACUUUGCCGACAUCAGCAUCCUCAGUGAUUUCUGACCUAGGGAGUGAGGUCACUGCAGCCUUGGGAGCCAUCAGGACCUGGAGGGUGCUCAGGACUUGGACUCAGCCUUUGAGACAUUGAGUGGGCCUGCCCCAUGCCCUGGGGACCCCAGAAGAUACUCUGCAGGAUAAGUACCGUUUCCCAGGAAGCUGUCUGUCCUCUUUGGGCAGACCUGGUGUGGUGAAAGGGAGAUCUGACAAGCAGCUUAUCAGCCUGGCUGGAAGGUGGCUUAUACCUUUGCAAAUGGAUCUAUCAGCACUCGGGUGAAGAAUCUUUGUAAAAAGGACCAGGGCAAUUAAGUGGUCAAGGCGUAGGACUCUGAGGUUUUGACCUAUUCCUUGUAGCAGGGAGCAGGAUCAGGUUUGGUCCCUGCUGCCCCAUGUCCUCUUGUUGAGGCUGGGGUGGGAACUUGAGGUGGUCAGAUCAAGUGAAGAAUCUAGCAAAGACCUCUCAGACCUACCCCAUCACCCCCAUCCUGUUGUCCCCACGGGUCAGGUAGCUGAAGUCAUUGAUCCUAGG